CCCCUCCGCGCCGCCGCUGCCGCGAUGCCCCCCCCUGCGCCCGGGGCCCGGCUCCGGCUCCUCGCCGCCGCCGCCCUGGCCGGCCUGGCCGUCAUCAGCCGAGGGCUGCUGUCCCAGAGCCUGGAGUUCAGCUCCCCUGCAGACAACUACACCGUGUGCGAAGGCGACAACGCCACCCUCAGCUGCUUCAUUGAUGAGCAUGUGACCCGCGUGGCCUGGCUGAACCGCUCCAACAUCCUGUACGCUGGCAAUGACCGCUGGACCAGCGACCCGCGUGUGCGGCUGCUCAUCAACACGCCUGAAGAGUUCUCCAUCCUCAUCACCCAGGUGGGGCUCGGGGACGAGGGCCUCUACACCUGCUCCUUCCAGACCCGCCACCAGCCGUACACUACUCAGGUCUACCUCAUCGUCCACGUCCCUGCCCGCAUUGUGAACAUCUCCUCCCCUGUGACGGUAAACGAGGGAGGCAACGUAAAUCUGCUUUGCCUGGCUGUAGGGCGGCCAGAGCCCACGGUCACCUGGAGGCAGCUCCGAGACGGCUUCACUUCCGAGGGUGAGAUCUUGGAGAUUUCUGACAUCCAGCGGGGCCAGGCCGGGGAAUACGAGUGCGUGACUCACAACGGGGUUAACUCGGCGCCCGACAGCCGCCGCGUGCUGGUCACAGUCAACUAUCCCCCGACCAUUACGGACGUGACCAGCGCACGCACCGCCCUGGGCCGGGCAGCCCUUCUGCGCUGCGAAGCCAUGGCCGUGCCGCCUGCGGACUUCCAGUGGUACAAGGACGACAGACUGCUGAGCAGUGGCGCGGCCGAGGGCCUGAAGGUGCAGACGGAGCGCACCCGCUCGAUGCUUCUCUUCGCCAACGCCCAGGAUCCCUGGAGAACUCAGCCCCGAGGCCCCCGGGGCCGCUGGCCCUGCUCUCCGCCCUGGGCUGGCUGUGGUGGAGGAUGUAGGUGCAGCCCAGGGCCUCCCCCUGCAGGGGGCCUCGGGCCAAGAGCAAGAGGAAAAGGGGGAGCCAGCGCCGUGGGUCUCGAGCGGGCAGAAGAGCUCUCAGCCACCGAGAAGGACGAGAGGAAGAGGAGGAGGAGGAGGAUCUUUAGAGAACCCAUCACUGUGAGGGAUAACGCAAAAUUAUGCAUCUUUCUACAGCCAUUCUCGCCACCCGUUCACGUUUCCAGUUGUGACCCACCCCCGCCACCCCACACCCCUCUCUUAGCUCAGGCUGUCAACGGGCUCGUGUGUGGGUGGGUGUGUGAGUGUGAGCCCGCACGUAUGUAUAGGUGUGUGUGGGGGGAGGCUGGAGGAGGGGACCAGCAGUCCUCCCCCGCUGCCACCCCGUGUCCCCUGCCCCGCCCUGCUGCCUCUCUCCUCUGGCUGGAGGUAGGUAUGUGGGUGCUUCUCUGUGAGGCUGUGAGAGAACGGCCAGGCUUUCCCACGUGUGCACGCUGCCCGCCCCUCCCCCUCGCUGUCACUAGGGCAGGUCUGGAGCUGGGCAGUUGCUCAGCCUUCAGGAAGAGGUGAGGGCUGCCUUGGCAGGUUCCUCCCUGCUGCGCCACCUGCUGCCUGUAGCCAGAGGCCCCAUCACUGGCUCAGUGGCCUGAGACCUUCCACUUGCCCUGUCCCUCCCCACCCUGGACUUUCUGGCCCCCUCCUGGGCCAUUCGGUGCUUCCAUCCAACUGUCAGGCUGGUGACAGAAGUCGCCUGUCUGCCUCAGUGCUUUGCCCCACCCCCGCCACCACUCCCCUUGGCCACCUGCAGUACCAACCAGCUCCCCCCGGCCCUGCAGCUGGCCCAUAGGUGUGGGCUUCCCGGCCUCCCACUCCCUGGCCUCCCACUCCCUGGCCUCCACCAAAUGUACCUCCCAAAGGCUAACCUGACCGUCCUCACACACAGACACACACCCACACACCAGCGACUGUGACCAGCAAUAGCCCCCUGGCUCCAGCUGUCCUGUAGCCGCUGACCAGCUGUUGAUCCCUGGUGGGCCCCUGUUGUCAGGAAGGGAUGCUGAGGCUGUGGCCUCAGCUCUGAUUGUCAGAUACUCCACCCUGGUACACCACAACACACAGAGUAGGGGGGAGGCGUCACAGACAUCCUGAGCCCAGAAAAGAUGCCAUGUCACCAGCUCCAACUCCCUGGAGACCCUCUAUAACCACCCACCCACCCACACCACACCACCCAGAGCUUGGUGGAGAAGAGGGCAGAGAGGGGCGGGGGAGCAAGGGGCAGUGACUGUACCUCAGACAGGGGCGUGGGCCCCAUCCCACAUUGUCUUCCAUUCCCAGGGUCCAGGGAUCGGGUAGGGAGGGGAGGGCUGCU